CGCGCUGCAGGCCGUUAGCUGUCAGGCACCGAGCGGCGGGCGGGCUGUAGGAUCUGCUCUUUUGCAGGUUCGCGUCCCUGAGGGUCCACUCCUGCGCAGCGGCAGCCCGGGCAGCUUGGUUUCGACUCCCGGGCAGGUAGCAGCAGUGGAUAGGGAGCCGCUGCAGGAUGGGGAACCGGGAGAUGGAGGAGCUAAUCCCACUGGUGAACAGGCUGCAGGACGCCUUCGCAGCGCUGGGGCAGAGCUGCCUGCUGGAGCUGCCGCAGAUCGCCGUGGUGGGCGGCCAGAGCGCCGGCAAGAGCUCGGUGCUCGAGAACUUCGUGGGCAGGGACUUUCUCCCUAGAGGGUCCGGCAUCGUAACAAGAAGGCCUCUUGUGCUGCAGCUUGUCACUUCUAAAGCAGAAUAUGCUGAAUUCCUGCACUGCAAAGGGAAAAAGUUUACUGAUUUUGAUGAGGUCCGCCACGAGAUUGAAGCUGAAACAGACCGGGUGACAGGGAUGAACAAAGGCAUUUCCUCUGUCCCCAUUAACUUACGUGUCUAUUCUCCACAUGUGUUAAAUCUAACCCUUAUCGACCUACCUGGAAUCACUAAAGUGCCCGUGGGAGAUCAGCCACCAGAUAUCGAGUAUCAGAUCCGGGAAAUGAUCCUGCAGUUCAUCACAAGGGAGAACUGUCUGAUUCUGGCUGUCACCCCAGCCAACACGGAUCUUGCCAACUCAGAUGCGCUAAAGCUGGCUAAGGAAGUCGAUCCUCAAGGUCUGAGAACCAUUGGAGUCAUCACCAAAUUGGAUCUGAUGGAUGAAGGAACAGAUGCCAGGGAUGUUUUAGAGAAUAAACUGCUGCCUCUCCGCAGGGGUUACGUUGGGGUGGUGAACAGAAGCCAGAAAGACAUUGAUGGGAAGAAGGACAUUAAGGCUGCCAUGUUGGCAGAGAGGAAGUUCUUUCUCUCACAUCCAGCUUACCGGCAUAUUGCUGAUCGGAUGGGGACACCACACCUGCAGAAGGUCCUCAAUCAGCAACUCACCAACCACAUUCAAGACACCCUCCCAAACUUCCGGAAUAAACUCCAGGGACAGCUGCUCUCUAUUGAACAUGAGGUAGAAGCCUACAAAAACUUCAAGCCUGAAGACCCCACCCGGAAGACUAAAGCCUUAUUGCAGAUGGUUCAGCAAUUUGCUGUGGACUUUGAAAAACGAAUUGAAGGAUCGGGGGAUCAAGUAGAUACCCUGGAGCUCUCAGGGGGUGCGAAAAUCAAUCGUAUUUUCCAUGAACGCUUCCCUUUUGAGAUAGUAAAGAUGGAGUUCAAUGAGAAGGAAUUGCGGAGGGAAAUAAGCUAUGCAAUCAAAAACAUACACGGCAUCAGGACAGGGUUGUUUACUCCAGACAUGGCAUUCGAAGCAAUAGUCAAAAAGCAAAUCGUGAAGCUGAAAGGGCCUUCUUUGAAGAGUGUCGACCUAGUGAUGCAGGAACUGAUCAAUACUGUCAAAAAGUGCACCAAAAAACUGGCAAACUUCCCCAGACUCUGUGAGGAAACAGAAAGGAUAGUCACCAACCACAUCCGGGAGCGAGAAGGGAGGACGAAGGAUCAGGUCCUGCUGUUGAUAGACAUUCAAGUCUCCUACAUCAACACCAACCAUGAAGAUUUCAUUGGCUUUGCAAAUGCUCAGCAGAGGAGCAGUCAGGUUCACAAGAAAACCACAAUUGGAAAUCAGGGAACCAAUCUUCCGCCUUCAAGGCAAAUUGUGAUCCGAAAAGGCUGGCUCACCAUCAGCAACAUCGGCAUCAUGAAAGGAGGCUCUAAGGGAUACUGGUUCGUGCUUACUGCUGAAAGCUUGUCCUGGUAUAAAGAUGAUGAGGAAAAAGAGAAGAAAUAUAUGCUUCCUUUGGACAACCUGAAAGUUCGGGAUGUAGAAAAGAGUUUUAUGUCUAGCAAGCACAUCUUUGCACUCUUUAACACAGAACAGAGGAAUGUAUACAAAGACUAUCGCUUCCUUGAGCUGGCAUGUGACUCCCAGGAGGAUGUCGACAGCUGGAAGGCAUCGCUGCUAAGAGCUGGGGUUUAUCCAGAUAAAUCUCUAACUGAAAAUGAUGAGAAUGGCCAGGCAGAAAACUUUUCCAUGGACCCCCAACUGGAGAGACAAGUGGAAACCAUUCGCAACCUCGUUGACUCCUACAUGUCGAUCAUCAACAAAUGUAUUCGAGACCUGAUUCCAAAAACGAUAAUGCACCUUAUGAUCAAUAAUGUGAAAGACUUUAUCAAUUCUGAGCUGCUGGCCCAGCUGUACUCCUCUGAGGACCAAAGUACACUGAUGGAGGAAUCUGUUGAGCAGGCCCAGCGCAGGGACGAGAUGCUACGGAUGUACCAGGCCCUGAAGGAAGCCCUGGCUAUCAUUGGUGACAUCAACACUGCCACCACCUUCACCCCUGCCCCACCCCCUGUGGAUGACUCCUGGAUCCAGCACUCCCGCAGGUCACCUCCUCCAAGCCCCACCACCCAAAGAAGGCCGACGCUGAGCACCCCCCUCCCUCGCCCCACCUCUGGUCGAGGACCGGCUCCCGCCAUUCCCUCCCCAGGCCCCCACUCAGGGGCACCCCCAGUUCCUUUCCGGCCUGGUCCAUUACCUCCUUUCCCCAGCAGCAGCGACUCAUUCGGAGCCCCUCCACAGGUCCCCUCUCGGCCCACCAGGGCUCCUCCUAGUGUCCCCAGCCGGAGACCACCCCCCUCACCAACUCGUCCCACUAUAAUCCGCCCACUAGAAUCAUCCCUGUUAGACUAAACCGAAUGUCUGGCCUGGCCACUAAUCACCAAUGAAUCAUGCAAGAGCAACAUGUGUGAUGGUCAUGGCAGCACUGGGUGUGUCAUGAGUGAUGGCGUGUGUGGACACCAAUAGGCAAGUAAUCAGUCUCCCUCCCGCACACAUCUCCCAUCUCUGUGCUCAUGGCAUGGCAAGAUUUUAGGGUUUGACUCUUGGAAACUGCUGAACCUUUGAGUUUUUUAUGUAGAAUUUGUUGAGCUAGGUUCACAGCCCGGUACCUUGGGGAAUAUUUGCCCACCCCAGAACCUAUUUGACAUGGUUUUGGACACAUUUCCCAAGUUACGCAACAGGGAUCUCAUGAAAUAUAAUUCUUGAGAGAUAAGAAAUGGUGAGUUCACACCUAAGCCAUACAUAGUGACUUUCCCACAUUCUGUGUCUGUUAACAAAUUAUAUUGUCUGUUAAGUAAUGUUUCUGCCUGUGCCACAAUUACCUCCAUAGAUCUGCUUUCCUUCCUCUUUAUUUUGUAAGACUCCUAUGAAGUAAUUUUUUUUUAUCAGGGUUCCUUAAAAGUACAACUUUUCCAGAAGGACAAGGCAGUUUACAAAGGAAAAGUUAAUAUGUUGCUUAUUCUAGAGAGUUUCUCCUUCUAGUGUGUUUUGCUUCAUACUGGACUCAUAUUCAACAGUCAAAAACUUGCUGUUCAGUAACUGGUCAAUGAUAUUAGUUUCAGAAUUCAAGAAAGAAGCAAAAUAUCAUAUCUCUAGAAAAGCCUGGAAAAUAUAUACUUUCUUUAUUCACUUAUAUAUUCUCUUCCUCAUAGGUUACAGUGAAGGCUGAUGUGGAAAAUACUUAUUUUUCAUACUGAUAUUAUUUCUCUCUUUGCCAACUAAUAUGUAGUCCCCCUAUAUAAGAACUUGCCCUCCCUUUAAAAGAGCUUAGGUGUUCUUAAUACAUCUCAAGUUUUGCUUUGAGAAACCAAACUUAAAGAAUGAUUCCUAGAUGGCGCAAAGCGCAAGGACUGGCAUCAGGAUCCCGGUUCGAGCCCCCGGCUCCCCACCUGCAGGGGAAUCACUUCACAGGCGGUGAAGCAGGUCUGCAGGUGUCUCUCUUUCUCCCCUCCUCUCUGUCUUCCCCUCCUCUCUCCAUUUCUCUCUGUCCUACCCAACAACAACGACAUCAACAACAACAAUAACUACAACAAUUUAAAAAAGAAGAAUGAUGCCUAGAAUGGAAAGAAAAUUCAAGUGUUUAAUAAGAGAUAUCCUGGGUCCAAGUAAAGCCCUACUUUCACAGUUGUACAACUUCAUAGUCUCUCUCUCUCUCUCUCUCUCUCUCUCUCUGACUCACACUUGAAAAUGGUAUUAAAACAUCCAGAUCUAAAGCAAAUGGGCAAUUUAUAACAUUUUUAUGAAAUCUAAAAAAAAGCCAUUUAGCCUGGGGGUUAAUCGUUCAUUCUUGAAGCUGAGUUUUGGACAACCUAGGACCAGAUGAUUAGCAUGAAGGAAAUGGCCAGAAGCCAACUGGAAUUUGUCUGAUAACUGUUCCCAGACAGCAGCCUCAAGUAUUCACUGAAUAGUGGGGUCCCAUGACACUACUUCAUAUUUUGCAGAGGUAAAUCAGGUUUCACCAACUGAACUGUCUACCUUUGAAAGCAGCAAACAUGAUUUGUAUGUUAGUUUAACUUUAAUUUCCUGUGUAGUUUAGACCCAAAGCAGACACUCAUAAAGUAUGGAGUAAAAGCUCUUAGUCAUUAUUAAAAAAAGAGAACUAACUAAGUUAAAUGGCAUUGUGUUGAGUUUGUUCUAGCGGGCAGAGCUAACUCACUCACUUAUAAUGGACAAAUAAAAUGAAAUUAUGAGAUUUAGAAAAAGAACAUUUAAAUUCUAAGAGGGGAAUUGUAUAAAGAACACCAUCCUAAAUCUUCUCUUAUCCUACUUUUUUCUUAUUGGGAAAAAUACUGGCUUUUUGAGAAUGAAACAAGAUACCUACUAUAUUUUAAAAAUCAGCAUCACAGCUAAAUGGAAAUGUGUUAACUAAACUUCCAAAGCAAAAUGAAUAAUCUGCAGUGAUAUCUUUUCAUAAAAUCCCCUCUCUUUAGGAUUUCCUCUGCUUCUUCCUUUGAGUUCUCUCAAAUAGACAGCUAGCAGAUUAUAUACUUCAGGGUUCAGCUUUGUGCUAAAUGUGGUUUUGCAUUUUGCUGUAUUUCAAAUUUUCCCUUCUGUUAAAGGAAAAUGUUACAGAGAACUGCUAGUGUGUUCUUAGAUCAGCACUAACCAUGUCAAAGAAAACUGGAGAUUUUUUUCCCAAGUUUCUUUCCACUGAAUUUAUGCAGUCAUAAACAAGAGUGCUUGUCAUCUUUGGCUUUUGCUCUCAGAUUAUAAUUCCAGAGUUUCACUGUCCCGAUUGUCUCACUUUGUGGGUACAUUUCAUUCAGUUUUUCUUCCAACUUAAUUCUAAUAGAAACCAGCCUCUCGGAAUUUGAGCAGUCGUGCUGGAUAUGUUCAGCUUGUUGCACUCAUACACUCUAGUAAUUGUAAUUAAUCCCACUUCCCAAAGGGUUUGCAUCUCACUAAAAAGAGAUGGCCAUGUGAAUGGAAUUGGAAGCUCUAGGACUUCUAAGAAUAUUCUAGGAAUAGAGCUCACUGAGCUUUCUCAGCAUCUUCCAUAGCAUUCUAAUCUUUUGUGUAACUUAACAGAUUUCUCUGAUAUUGUCUACACAAUAUAUGUAGCCCCAUCACAUCUAGUAUAAUAGAAUAAAAUAGAAUAAAGCAUUCAGUGUUUUAGUAUUUGGAAAAGUAACACGUAUUUAUAUGACAGGUAAAUAUUUUAUUGUCAUAUGCGAAAUCUUGCAUGCUUAGUGACUAAUUCGAAUAGUCAUUUACUCAAUUGUGGACACUAUUAUUAUACUAGUAUUGAUUUAGAACAGAUAUGUUGCAUUUAUGGAAAUCACCUACCAAGAUUACUCUUCUGAAUAUUGCUUUUUAGCUGUGUUUUGUAACAUAGAAGAGCAAUAAGGUCUGUCUAUGAACUCAUUCAAAUACAAACUUCUUGUAUUCCGAACAUAAUGAAACCAGCUCCUGUGCUAUAAAUCUUCUGACUUAGAAUUUAAAGUAGUUAUAUGGAUUAAUUUUAUGACUUUCUAGUGUUGACUGUAGCCAUAAUGCUCAAAUAUGAAAUGGGACCUAAUACCAGUAUUUGUUAAAUGUUGUUUUUUUCUGUGUAUAAAUACAUUUUUAUGCAUGUAUAUCUAUAUACACCAUAUCUACAUAGUAAGUUCUUUUCUGUAAGUUACAUGGGUUUUGUGUCCCUUUGAGUAGGAAAGUUGAAAAGAACUUGUUCAAAUACCACAAGCAUGAGUAUGUGUGUUGUAUAGAUAUGCUUAUGUAUGGGUGUGAAUAUUUAUGUAUACAUGUGCUUUGUAUCUGUGUGUAUGAAUAUAUAUUGUUAAAUUGUGCUAAUAUAAUGUAACUUUGGAGGAUCUGCUAUAACACAUGAUAACAAUGGUUUGUAUCUAAUAGCAUACAUAAAAUACACUACAUUUUCUCCAAACUGUUUUCUUUCUAAGAGGCUGAAAGCUCAGAAUUACCAAUGACAGUAUGGCAGAAAAACAUCCACAGGCAUUGUACCCAAAUCUGCUGCUAUCUAAGAAGAGAUUUUCAUUGCAAGAUUGCUAAGAAGUGUAACAUCUGCAAACCUAGGUUGAAGUUACUGACUAGAAUAAGAAACUACUCUUGACUUGCUGAAUUGAAUCUUAAAAAUCUAAACUAGUUUGUUUACAUUGUUGUGUGUGUCUCUUUGGUAGAUGUCAUAAAAGAGAAUAGAAGGAUAACAGCAAAAUAAUGAAAGUGGUAGGUUUUUCUAAGUAAAUGUGCCACAAUUUCCAGAGAGAAACCUAGUGAAUUAACAAAUACCCUGGAGCUAAGUUCUUCAUCCACUGGUCAAGUGGACAAUUUUCACUUGGCAAACAGUAAAAUUUGAAAUUGAAAGGAAUCUCCUUAACACUGAAAACAAAACCUAAGUAGUAGCUCUCUGAAUGGUAGAAUUCAGUGGAAUUAAUCUGUGAGACACAAGCCUUGGGUUUUGUAUCAUCUCACCCAGAGGACUGCUAGCUGUGAGCUCAGAAUGCAAUGGGUAAAAAGCUGUGUAAGCUUAGAGAAGCGAUUCUUCACUCACUAGCUCACUCAGUCUUUUCUCAAAAGCUUGAGUGUGUCUUCUAGAUAAUCUCGUCACCCUUUCUGGUUGGCAUGUUUAAAAUUAGGUGUUGGGAGUUGGGCAGUAGUGCAGCGGGUUAAGCGUAGGUGGCAUAAAAUUAUGUGGUGCUUGAUAUUGUGAAACUUUUAAGAAUAUUUUGAGACAUAUGCAAAUGCAUUGCUGUUUGUAUAUACAUGUAAAAAUGUGUGUUAGAGAGAGCAGGGAAGAGUUCCGUGUCUGUCAUAAGACCUCUUCAAGCUGUUACACUGGAGAGACCACUCGCCUGAGGUUUCAUACGUGACUCAGAUCAAAGGCAUUGAUUUCUUUUUAAUGUUUACUCUUGCACUUCCUAUAUUUUUGUUCUCUGUGUAAUGCUUUUAAAAUUAUGAUACAUUUACUUUGUCUAACCUCUGGCUGUCAAUAUGAUAACAACUGUUCCUCCCAACUAGAAACUCUACUGUUAACUUGAUUUCUGUUUCAUUUCACAUGUACAGCCUCACUUGAUUGUCUCCUUUUCCUUUUCUGAAUUGAAUUCCACUUUUGCUCUUUUAAAUGAAGAAAUAGUAUAAAAAAAAAAAAAACCUUGUCUUCUCUGUUGAUACCUUAAUUAAUUUGAGCCAGAAUACUUUCCACUGUCCUCUCGGCACUUUAGGACUUCUGAAUGCCGGUAGAUGGAUGUACUCUGUGAAUGCAAUUUUGGAAGCAAACUCUUAAAAGCCUAUGUCGUUCUUGAAAGUCACCUGUACCUAUUGUGAAAAUGUGAAACUGUAUUUCUGAACCUGAAAUAAAUGCUAAUGUUUGAAGGAU